AUGGCUCGAGGGUUACUGAGCCUGUUCUUUCUUUUAUUUUUUCUUUCAAAUGCGAUAGCCGAUCUUGCUGGCGACCUGAGCAGCGAGCUUAGCUCGCUGAAGCUCAUGGGCAAUGACAAGUACAGUUGCAGCAAGGAUAAGCCAUGCUCUAACGGAGCCUGCUGUGGUAAAAACGGCGUUUGUGGCUUCGGCAAAACAUACUGUGGUACCACUGGCAAGUCUCCCAACGACGCCUGUUGGAGUAACUGUAAUGCACAUGCAGAGUGCAGCAAAGAUGCAAAGGAGCCUGGCAAAGAAUGUCCUCUGAACGUCUGCUGCAGUGAGUUCGGCUUCUGUGGUACUACCGAGGAAUUCUGCGGUGAUGGAUGCCAGAGCAAGGAUAAAUGCAAACAGCCUGACUCUGGUGCCUCUGGUGGCAACGUCCAGGAGCGUAUCAUCGGAUACUAUGAGGCGUUCAAGUACGAUUCAGACUGCCAAGACAUGAAGAUUCAUCAGAUCCCCGUUGAGAGUCUAACUCACGUCAACUAUGCCUUCGCUUAUAUCGACCCUGAUAGCUACGACAUUGGUCCUAUGCCCGACAUCGAAGAAAAAACCCUCAAAGACUUCACUGCUCUCAAGGAGCGCAACCCACACGUUGUUCUUGGUGUCUCGCUCGGAGGCUGGACAUUCAACGACAAUAAGACCGACACACAAAAGGUCUUUGCCGAGAUAGCCUCUAAGGAGGAUAAACGUUCCAAGUUCAUCGACAAGCUUCUUUCCUUCAUGCGCCACUAUGGCUUUGACGCUGUCGAUAUCGAUUGGGAGUACCCAGGUGCUCCUGAUCGACAGCCCAAAGGCUGGGACUCCAAGGAUGAUGGAAAGAACUACGUGAAGCUCUUACAAGACAUUCGGAAGGCCUUCGAUGACCAGGACCUGGAGUACGAGCUCUCCUUCACUGCCCCUACUUCCUAUUGGUACCUCCGCUGGUUCGAUAUUCACAACAUGGUCAAAGCCGCAACUUAUAUGAACUUGAUGAGUUACGAUCUCCACGGUGUUUGGGACUCUAACAACCCCAUUGGUAAUCAUGUCCUCGGACAUACCAACAUGACAGAGAUUGACCAAGCCUUGGAUCUUCUCUGGAGGAACGAUGUCCCUGCUAAGAAAGUCAACAUGGGUCUCGCCUUCUACGCGCGAACCUUCGAACUCAAGGAUAAAAAAUGCCAUAAGCCGGGCUGCACCUUCAAGCAUGGCGGCAAGAAGGGUGCUUGCACUGAUACUGAGGGUAUCCUUUCUUACAAUGAGAUUGUCGGAAUCAUUGCAGACGAUGAAAUCAAGCCGGUCUACGACAAAGAAAACGCAAUCAAGUAUCUCGUCUGGGAUGAGAACCAGUGGAUCUCAUACGAUGACCAGCAAACAUUCCAGCAGAAGAUCAAACUGUUCAACGAGAAGGGAUUAGGUGGUCUUCUUAUCUGGGCCAUCGACCAGGAUACCCGGAAUCUCGAUGCCCUUCGCGGUGUUCUGUACCCCGAGGACGUUGUGAUGACGGACAGUAUGAAGGAUGACACCAGCUACUGGGAAAGCCAACAUCCCGGUGACUGUAGAACUACAGAGUGUAGUAAGCACUGUCCUACGGGUACCAUCGAGAUGGACACUUUCAAAUGCCCGGAUGGUGGUGAUAAGGGCGACUCCCGCAUCUGCUGUCCUAUCGCUGCUGCCCCUGACCCAGAUACCUGCCACUGGCGUGGUGGUGAGUCUGGAAGUCUUUGUAACGGGCAAUGCCAUGGUGGUGAAGUGGCCCUGGCCUCGGCCGUAGAUGGAGGCAACGGUCACUGUUCAGAUGGACGUCAAUUCUACUGUUGCCCUAUCCCCGAAGUUGCUGCUGGUGGCUGUAUCAACUGCGGCUGGAAGGAUACGUGCUCAGAUGACCAAGAGCCCUUGACGUUCGCCGGAACAUUCUUGGAGGCUGUCUCCGAUGUGUUGGACUACACUGGACUUUUCGGCCAGGCGCUGGCUGAUUUCCUUGACGACGUUGACAUGGAUAACAUGCGACAAUACUGCUGCUCCAAGGAAGAGAUCAAGAACUGGAAAGACUGCUAUUGGGCUGGAAGAGGUGGUCGAUCCAUUUAUAGCUGCGAUGACAACCACUGCAACACUGGGCACGAGGCUGAGCUUACCCUGAGUCCAUACGGUGAAGGAGAGGACUGUAUGCCAACUUCUCGUCAACGAGCCUUCUGCUGCACACCCGCGAGUGGUGAAUCGCUUUUCAUGCCAGUUCCUUUAGAGUAUCUCUUUGAGAAUCCUCCAGAGAAUGCUGAUGACCCCGACUUCAAUCUCUCAGUGGACGACACCUGGGGCACUGGUGACACUCAAGGUGAUUCUGACGAAGAACCCGAUGAUGCUGCUUUUGGAUUUGUGGUUAUCACCGCCCCCGACGAGGUCCAUGUUAGCUUAGACAAGCGUGAUGGCUCGCCCUGGGAGUUGAUGGAUUGUCCUGAUAGCGAUAGCGAAGAGGAGCAUACUGUCCGCAUGAUCUGUACCGAUUCCUCCGAGGACAGCAAAUGUGACCACAUUCACCGCGGACAAGGUGCUCCUGGUACCAUUCUCCAAAUGCCUAAUCGCUGUGGCCCCGGUCGGUAUGCCGUCGCAAAGGAGCUUAAGGAGUCCCAGAACCAGACUCUCCCGGGUCAUCUGAACAAGCGUGACCUUGAUGGCAGAUCCGUCUACGACUUGACCUUUGACUACGACUUCAAGCGUGUCCCUCGUGAUUACGGUGAUGCAUUGAUGCGUAUUGACUAUAGUAACCAGCCUGGAUACUGGGACUCUGUUGUCGACAGACCGGCUAGUGACUCCGAGCGAAAGGUUAAACGCGCAAAGCGGGAUGAAACCGGCUACCACAAGAAUCGCAAGCGUUGGCUAGAAGAUGAAUGGCGUGAUGCGUAUCAUCAUGGCGGUAUGGAACGCCAUGAGGUUCACAAGCGUUGGUUCGGCGAGGAUAUCCUUAACUGGCUCGGUCAAUUGAUCACCACUGGUGAAGCUAAGGCCACCAAGGAGCUCAACCAUAAGGUCAAAGAGAAAGUUGAGCUCCUUCUCAUAGAUCAGCAGUUCGGACCAUGCCCGGUUGGUGGAGCCCAGGCCCAGGCGAAUAUUCGAUCUUCUAUCACAGCUUCAAUCGAUGUUGAGACCUCCUUCGGUAUCACCAUUAUCACCACCCUUGCAGAGGGAAUGGAUCUCAGUAGAUCCUACCUUUACUUCAGAAACGCUGGAGAGGUUGAGGCCAGGUUUGAACUUGAUGCUGUUGCUUCUCUUACCUACUCGACCGGUGAUAUCAAGCUGCUCGGUCUCGACGACUUCCCCGGCGCCACUUUCCGCGUGCCCGGAGUUGUCACAGUCGGCCCUAACCUUGCCGUCUAUGCCUCCGCAGAUGCCUCGAUUACCUACCCUCAAAAUAAUGAAUACCCAGAAAAGGCCCUCGAUGAGCCUGACCGUGAGGCUAAGACUAUUGGCAAGCCCCAUUUCGAUGCCUCUGUCUCUGCCAACGGCGAGAUUGCGUUGCAUCUCAAGCCCACUGUCAGCUUCGGAAUUGACUUCGAUGACCGUUGGAAGGUACCCCGGUGUACCGUUGAUCUUGUCCUGGAUGGAUAUGUGAUCGGGCACGCGGAAGCUUCCUACUCACUCAAUGGCGACAACAGCUGUCCCUUCAGCUAUGGUAUCGAUGCUGGCUCGACAAUGUACGCACAGCUUGACGCCCCUGAGGAGUUUGGCUGGGGAGAUGAUCUCCGAGUCACACUCGCAGAGGUGCCCAGGAAGCAAAUCACGCCUUCAACCUGCGUUGGCGACAAGGGUAAGCGAACUUUUAUGGGGUAUGAGGCAUACAAUUCUUCUGUGGAGAAAUCUACCUCGCGGAGAGAUGAAUACAUGCCUAUGCCUGUUUCUCAUUCGAUUGCCAAGCGUGACACACUUACCCUUGGUCCUCUGGUAACGAUUCCUGAUGACUUCCUCAAUUGCCCUGGACAGGGUGGUGGGGAGAAUUUUUGCGUAAUGUGCUCAAUGUACGGCACGAAGGUCAGUGACAGUGAUGACUCAAAACGAGAUGUCGCUUCUCUGUUCGGCCGUGACGAUGGUGGUUCUUGUCCGUACUACCCACCUGGAGAUGGUGGAAAGUGCUACGAUACAGAUUCGUACCUUUUCGAACGUGACCCACAAGAAACCAAAGACCUGACACUCAACUUUAUUAAUAAUAAUGCGAAGUUUGAUUAUUUGAGCUCAAAAGAUAUCAACGACAACAGAAGGUGCUCGGCAAAGACAACAAAGGAGGCUUCUACCAAGUCAGCGAACAACGAAUACCUCAUAGACAAUAAUGACGAUUUACCCGCUUCGGACUUCCGCACGGAGCACGUUUUCGAGGUACACCUGGUCAGCCAUUUCCUUGAGUGGGUGUGCGCAGGGAAGGAUGAAUUCAAAUACGGGAUUUUUAAAAAGCUUCCUUUCCCUACUGGUUGGACCCGCCCUGAUUCUACUUGGUGCACCGAUGUGUUUGGAGGUCCCGAUGACGGAAUGCAGUGGUCAAGAAACAAUGGAAAACCAAAGAACUGGGUUCAACAUACUGCUGACUUUCUGGGAAGCGAGGAUAACCUUGACCUGCUCGUUAUGUAUCACCAUAAACCCAACGGAGUCAAACAAGUGAUUACCGAAGGAAAGAAGUCUGGUAUCCCCAAGGACCAACCGAAGAAGGGGAUUAAGGUUGAGCCAAAAGAUAUAGCGGACAGGGUCAUGAUGAGUGCCACUGUUUUUGACUACCUGCGAGAACUCAGCGACAAGUGGACCAAGCCCAGCCAGAACAUCGAAUUGAUCUCGGACGAAUUCGACCAUGAGUAUACCCGCCAAUAUAAUGCCCAGAACCAACCAAAAGGAAAGCCCCUCAAGAAAGACGAUACCCCCCGUGGCCUCAAGCACUGGGGUUUGCGUACCCUAUGGGCCUACUGGAUUGACAACCACCUGGCCAAGAUUGAACAGAUUCAGUCGGAUUGGCACAAGACCGCUAAGGACAGGAUGAGUACCAUGAAGGAUGCCCAGGGCAAGAUAGACGACGUCGCAAAGAAAUUCGCAGACAUCACCAUGACUACUGGAGAUGCAACAGUAGAAAAAUUUAUGUUCCCCAUGUCAAACCCGGGUAACCCGCUUCCUGGCACUGCGACAAGUUCAUCAAAUGACCAAAGUAAGUACGGAACGUGGGGAGGUAACAACCUUGGAAAGCUGGGCCUGUAG